UUCCUCCACACACGCCCAUUUUUAAUCACACGGCCAUCACAGACUAUGUUGAGCUCCCCCCUCAGCCUCUCAUCCUCCUCAGCAACCGCCUUGCUACCCCGCGCAUUCUCCCUCCCCCCCGCCGCCCCCGCCAGGCUCCCCCUCCCGGCCUCCCGCGCCGACGCCGCCGCCGCCUCCGCCUCCGCCUCGCCUUGGAUCUCCGUCCGAUUCUCCCCCUCCCCCUCCCCCUCCCCGCCGAGGCCCCCCACGUUCCUCCGCGUCCGCGGCAUGGCCGAGCUCGUCCAGGACAAGGAGUCGGCCGAGAGCGGCGGCGGCGGCGGCGGCGUCGCGGCCGCCGCGGCCUCCGGCUCCGGCGACGACGAGGACGCGAGGCAGCAGCGCUCCCGGAUUUUCGUCGACGCCCGCUCCGAAGAAGAGCUGCUUUCUGUAAUCGCGAAAGAAAAGGAUGAGGGAAGGCUGCCUCCAAAUGUUGCUGAGGGAAUGGAGGAAUUGUUUCACAAUUACAAGAAUGCAGUCUUCCAAAGCGGAAUUCCUCGUGCUGAUGAGAUUGUUCUGUCAAAUAUGAGUGUUGCGCUCGAUCGGAUUUUCUUGGAUGUUGAGGAGCCUUUUAUCUUCCCUCCAUACCACAAAGCAGCAAGGGAGCCUUUUGACUACUAUAUGUUUGGUCAAAAUUACAUCCGUCCUCUGGUUGAUUUCAGAAACUCAUAUGUUGGAAACAUUUCUAUCUUUGAUGAAAUCCGCGAGAAACUUCAGGAGGGUCACAAUGUCGUUCUGAUAUCCAACCACCAAUCUGAAGCAGAUCCAGCUAUUAUUGCUCUGCUUCUUGAAGGAACACAUUCACAUAUUGCGGAGAAUGUGACUUAUGUAGCUGGAGAUAGAGUUGUAACAGAUCCACUCUGCAAGCCCUUCAGCAUGGGAAGGAAUCUUAUUUGUGUAUAUUCGAAAAAGCAUAUGUUUGAUGUUCCGGAGCUUGUUGAGAUGAAAAGAAGAUCAAAUACACGAAGCUUGAAGGAAAUGGCUUUGCUUUUAAGGGGUGGAUCACAAUUACUGUGGAUUGCACCAAGUGGUGGCAGAGAUCGUCCAGAUCCUCUUACAGGAGAAUGGUCUCCGGCACCCUUUGAUUCUGCUGUGGUAGACAACAUGAGGAGGCUUGUAGAACAUUCUGGCGUGCCGGGACAUCUCUAUCCAUUAGCAUUAUUGUGCUAUGAUAUCAUGCCGCCGCCGGCCCAGGUGGAGAAAGAAAUUGGCGAAAAAAGAGUGAUUACCUUCCAUGGUGCUGGGUUAUCAGUCGGACCGGAGAUUAAAUUCAAUGAAGUUACUUCCACCUGUAACGACUCUGAGGAGGCGAAGGAGGCAUAUGCACAGGCUCUCUAUGAGUCUGUUACUGCGCAAUAUAAUAUUAUCAAUUCUGCUGUACAUGACAAAAAAGGACUGGAAGCAUCAACUGCAGAGGUUUCCUUGUCGCAACCGUGGAAUUACGAGAAUUAAUCGCACCUUUCCGAAGGCGAAAGGUUCUCUUUUGAACAUGUAUCUACAAUUCAUUAAGUAGAUAUAAUCUUCUGAUCCAAUUCAAGUACAUACUGGAAAACGGAGCUUUAUUUUUGUGGACCUUUUGACGAACUCUUGGAAGUACUCGAACCAGCAUCUCUUUUCUCCUUCCGUCCAUAGCUUCCGGGAGCUGACUGGUCAGAAGUCCAGGGCUGUUUGAGGAACUCAACUUGGCGAAUUGUGUGCUGUACAGCAAUAGGUGGAGCUAGUUGCUGAUCGGCCAUCUUACAGUCUCACAUGUAUAUGGUGUACUACAUAACAGCUAUUAAUUAAUCGCUCUAGUUUUCUUUAGUAGCUUUUUGCCUACUAGUCAUUCAUCGUAGUCUCGUAUUUGAACUUGGCGUAUUACAGAAUUUAGUGCUGGAAGGUCGUAAGUUUUGCCUCAGCAGGCGGGUGAAAGUCCUUUCGUUUUGUUAGCCCUUUUUAGACAUUCGUUUUCCUGAUAGGAGGAGCAUGGAAUAGUUGCCCUCCUAUGAUAUUGAUACCGAAAUGUCGCGAUUAGGUAAGUAUAGAUUGCAUCAAGGGAGGCAUCACGCACGGCAUGAAAUCACUCACUGUCCUCUUUUGACAGUCUCCUCAUGUAAUGGUUCUUAUUCAUUUAUUCACUUUACAGCUUGCCAUA